CGCCGCGUUCAUCCGAUAGAUCGUAGCGGCCCUCCGCAUCGUGAAGGUUUCGAGACACUCGUCCCAUAACGGAACAAUGCUCUCGACAUCGGCCCUCCUCGACCUCCCUAACGAGCUUCUCAUCCGCAUCACCCAGGACCCCGACCUCACACCCAAGGAUCUCCUCUCCCUGUGCGCCACUUCCAAGGACUUCCUCCGCCUCACCAUCCCCACGUACCUUCAGCGGUACAACGUCCCGUGCGAUGCUCGGUACGAGGCCCCUUGCGAGGCCUUCCCGACCAUCGAUAUCUCCGGGCAGCGCAUUGCGCCGAUUCUGCAUGGGCUGUCGCUCUCUCCCGCGCAUCUGACGCCCUGCCACUGCCUGCGAUGUGUUCUGAACAUCGGGUAUGCGGCUGUACGAGAGACGAGGGUGCUGGCGCGCGUCAUUGCGCUGGUGGAGCAGGUGCGGGAGGUUGAGCUUGACCUCAAUAAUGUGACCUGUCCGCCGACGGCUGUGGACGAAUGGGUUUCCUUGCUUGCGGGACUUCUGCACGACCUGGUCACGAAUGGCAAGUGCGAAGUACUUAGCAUCAGGCGGGGCGGGUAUGUGCAUACCAGCAAUGCGGACAACGCACCUAUGGACCGCUGGGAUGCCAACAUGGAUUGCCUGGCUCAAAUGAUCAACAAAAUGCGUAUCGGUGACUCGGAGGGGUCGAAAAAAGCGGAUAGUGGUGCGAAGGCCACCCAUCGCUUGACCAACUUCACCAUCUGCCACUCCCCCUUCCUUGCCCAGCCCUCUUUUGCGCCUUUUCUUCGCUCCGCAUUCACGAGCCCAACCCUGACAUCCAUCACUAUCCGCACCCUAUCGCUCACGGAUCCGCUCUGGGACGCCGUACUCGGGGACUUCCAGUCAAACACCCCCGGUCGACUUCACAUGCCCGCUCUCCAGAACCUGACCCUCCGCAACUGCGUCGUCCGCUUCGCUGCGCUCAAGGAUAUCCUCGUCAUGCAUGCCUCCACACUGCGAAGCGUCGACCUGAGCCACACUGUGCACCCAUAUGGUGACUCUGCGACCAUAUAUCGCGUCACGAAUCUACCCGUUUCGUUCCCUCAUCUGCACACUCUCAAGGGGAUCUCUACCUCGCCGUCCGCGUUCCCCGAAGCCCUCCUCAGCGGCAAGUACCUAGCUCUCCCCUCCCUCACGCACCUGGAGCUUUGCGCGGACUUCGGGUAUGGGGCGGGUCGUCAGCACGACGCGCCGGUGAAUCGGGUGCUGGACGCUCUGGCGCGCGGAAGCGUGGGCCCAGCGCACCUGACACUCGCGCUGUCCGGGCGUGAAGGGGCCGUAGCAUGGCUGCAAGCGGUAGCAACGCAGGCGCAAGGACCGCGCGCGCGGCGGCUGCCAAUAUGCGCGUUCGUUAAGCAACUGGACGUACAGUUGAAGGACUUCGUGGUCGGUCAACACGUCCUGCAGCGGGUGAUGCCGCACUGGCUGGCGCUGUUCCCUGGGGUGGAGGAGCUGUUGGUCGGAUGGGAGCAAAGAAGAGCUGAUGUGGUAGGGGCUGAAGCAGCUGAAGAGACUGAAGAAGAAGUUGACGCGGGGAAGGUGGCGCAGGCAGUACGGGCAGCUGGAAGAUGCUUGAGUCUGAAGCGUAUCACGAUCGGAGGGAGAACCGUAGGUAUGUAGAUAUGGAUCGGGGACUUGUUUG